GCCAGGCAGUGGAUUUGGUCACGAAUCCGUCGUUAUGACUGUUGUUUACUUUGAGCGCGUUGAGUUUAGACAAUAAGCAGUUACUUGUUGCGGGCUAAAUUGUAGGUUGGGUUUAGGCAUACUGAACCAUUAUGCUUUGCAUGCCUGCACCUCAAACGGUGCAGCGUUACAGUAAACGAGGCGGGGCGGGCUAAGAGGAACAUCAGGCUUUUAUUUCUGUUUUCACGCGUGUGCUUUUUAAAGAUGCCAUCCUGAAUUUUUGUUUGAUUGUUGUUGAAAGUUGAGAGGCUCUAAGUUUGCUCUCUCUACUAGACUACGCACAAACACACCCCUUUAAAAGCGCGCGCGCACACUCACUGACACACACACACACACACACACACACGGGGUCCCUCUCUGAGCUCAAAAGAAGGAGGAAAAAAUGCGCCACUCUUGGAGCGUCUUUCAAUGCGGAAAAAGUUGAGGAAGACAGAAGAGGACGAACCAAGGGGAGACUCGGAUGAAGGCGCCUCCUUCGCUCUUCUCCCUCACACUGUAAAUAGAUGGUUAUUUAUGCGCAUAAAUGAAACAAAUCUGAACGUAACGCUGCGUCGCUUUUUUUUUUUUUUUUUUUUUUGUUGGUGGAUAACACAGCGAGUGAGACGCAUCCGACGAACGCUCACAUUUGCUGACCAAAACUUCAGCGUGAUUGGAUCUUGAAGUUCCCUGAAUUUUCGCUGUAAACGCAGCUGCUGGUGUCUGAGCGCGUUCGGGCGGUGGAAUUUAUCUCCUCACUGUAGAAUAAAACACCGUCGGCUGGAAAAACUCAAAACCCCACCGGUGUCAACAACUGAAGCCGUUUGCCUAAAUUGCCAUAAUGGACUCCCACUGCCGCAAACUGGCCACCACCUGCGCGCAAAUAGAGAAAGAAAAGAUCCAAAAUAAAAACGACGACUCUUCAGAUGACCCGUCUAAGAAGAAGCGGCAGCGGCGGCAGAGGACUCACUUCACCAGCCAGCAGCUGCAAGAGCUGGAAGCCACUUUCCAGAGGAAUCGCUAUCCGGACAUGAGCACAAGGGAGGAGAUAGCCGUGUGGACCAACCUCACAGAGGCCCGGGUCAGGGUUUGGUUCAAGAACCGGCGAGCUAAGUGGAGGAAACGGGAAAGAAACCAACAAGCCGAGCUUUGCAAAAACGGCUUCGGCCCGCAGUUCAAUGGACUCAUGCAGCCCUACGAGGACAUGUACCCCAGCUACACGUACAACAACUGGGCCGCCAAGGGCCUCACGCCGGCCUCCUUAUCCACCAAAAGCUUCCCUUUCUUCAACUCCAUGAAUGUCAACCCCUUAUCGUCGCAGACCAUGUUCUCGCCGGCGCCCAACUCCAUAUCCUCCAUGACUUCCAGCAUGGUGCCAUCGGCGGUCACCGGCGUGCCGGGCUCCAGUCUCAACAGCCUCAAUAACUUGAACAACCUCAGUAACCCGUCUCUCAACUCGGGAGUGCCCACGUCGGCGUGCCCAUACGCGCCUCCGACCCCUCCUUACGUGUACAGGGACACUUGUAACUCCAGCCUGGCCAGCCUGAGACUGAAAGCCAAGCAGCACUCGAGUUUUGGAUACGCCAGUGUGCAGAAUCCCGCCACUAAUCUGAGCGCUUGCCAAUACGCCGUGGACAGACCAGUCUAAUACCUACCUGCACUGCAAAAAAUAACCACCUUAACGGGUCGUUAGAGGCUGACAGUGACGCAUUAAGUGUUAUUUUUCUUAAAAGGGAGAGAGACAAUCUGGCUGUGACAUAAUUGUACUUUUGUUUCAGGAAAUGUCUUGGUCAUGUGAUAUUUUCUUGAUACCAGUUGGUUUAUUCUGACACUCCCCGUCCCAAGAUAUUUCCUGCAGUAUCCUGAAAAUGUCCAAUCGUAUCAAGAAACAAGUUAGGUGAUGGUGAUAUUUAUAUAUAGACUUUUUUUUUUUUUUUUUUUUUUUUUUUGGGAGGGGGGCAUACAUUUGUGGGUGAUUACAAGACCAACUGGCUUUGUUAUGGUGGUCAUUUUUUGCAGUGUGUAGGUAAUCACAAACAGCCGGCCACAGGAACAAGAGACUACUACAACUACUUUUUCAUUUUUCAAAAAGGGCACUAGAAGACUGAACCACUGAAGCAAGCUCAGCUCCAACUCGGAGUCAAAUUGAAACGGGAGAUUUUAGGAUUUUAGGUUUCUUCCUCCUUUGAUGAGUCCAGGCCUGCGCUUCACACCGCGCCACAGUAAAAAAGAAAAAAAGAAGAAGAAGAAGUAGAAGAGGCCUGUUUUAUUUUUUAAAGCUCGUCAUGAGGGCUUUCUUUUUCUCUGGUGGAUUUUUGGGACGUUAACUGUUGACUGAAAAGGUUGUAUAUAUUUGAAUGAUCAUCUCCUGUUUGUCGAGGCGAAUGCGCUACAACCCUCUCCAGGUUCAACUUAUCAACGCAUGUGGGGGGGGAAAGAACCCUAAAAAGGAAUCAUGUUUUGCUUGCAAACAAAAGGGAAUGUACAUACUAAAACGCACCAGUGUGUGUUUCUAACAUAUUAAAAUUUAUUAUUAAUGUCUGUGUGAAUAUCGAUUUAGAAUAGCGAUUCUGGAUUAAACAAAAAAAAGAAGAAGAAGAAGAAGCAUCAAAAAUGUUACUGCGACAAAUUAUUUGGUUUUUGCUCUGUGUAUACUAUUUGGUACGGAAUUCUGUUUUUUUUUUCAACAUCCAAAAAAACUAUUGUGUUUUAUUUAAUGGAAGUAAAUAUAUUGUUCAAAAACA